AUGGUUGUUGUUAUGGGCCAUGGAGGUGACGGUGGUGACGAGUCACCACAUCCGUUCGGUGGAGGUUUUGGUAAUCACCACAUCGAUGUAAGAGUAGCCGAAAAAACUCUGACAGGUGACUGGAAAGGUAAUAGAGACGACGACAAUAUGGACGACCGUGACCAUUUAGCGACGAUAGUUAUUAGUGACGACGAUAUUUGCGACGAAAAAGGAGUAUUAGCUACGAGGCAAUUGCGACGACAGGUGGAACCAAUUGUGACGACUAUUGUUGUUGCUAAAGGAUACGUUUUUGCUGUGACCUCUAUGCCAUAUAAUCAUUUAUGA